UGUCUGUAUAAAACCGAGACUUUGAGCUGGUUUAACAUUCAGCCACAGGGGGCCCGAGGAGACACAGCUCUGGAGAAUUUGUGCCCUACAUGCGGAUUAUCUGUGGCAUCUUCCUAGAUGUUGGGACAUCAGGACGCACUCCUCUUCAUUCACACAAUCUUUUCUGUGUUAUUUGUAGUGUGCAGGUACAGUUAGGAAGUUUUCUUUAAUGGCUAAAAAACGGAAAAGUUUCAAUUCCUGCUGGGAAUGGAUAUACGCUUCCACAUUUUGGUAUUUGCGUCUUAAAACCAGAUGUAGCAGGAGAAAAUGAGGAAGAAAUGAAUCCAUUGUUAUUUUCAGACUGAGUGUGCCAUUUAAUCUGACCAGAGGGCACGGAUAAGGCGGCGCUGACCAAGAGAAGGGGCAUCUUAAAUGCCAGACAAUUCAGAGGGUGACAUAAAAUACGACAAGAAGUGACUAAAAGUUAUGGAGCGCUCCGGUCAAGUCGAGGCAAGUCAGCUGGUGAACACCACAAAUGACAGUUUUAUUACAGCUUCAUCCACUGUGGAUGAGAGCGCGGAGUCUCUCGCCUAUAAGAUCAGCCUGGCGGUGAUUCUCUCUGUUAUCACACUGGCCACCACUUUAUCUAACGCAUUUGUCAUUGCAACAAUCUCCCAGUCGAAGAAACUGCAAACUCCUGCCAACUUUCUGAUCGCUUCUCUGGCCAUUACCGACCUCCUGGUGUCUAUCCUGGUGAUGCCCAUCUGCGUUCUGUACACGGUCAUCCACACCUGGACGCUGGGGCAAGUAGUGUGUGACAUCUGGCUCUCGUCGGACAUUACGUGUUGCACCGCAUCCAUCCUCCACCUGUGCGUAAUUGCUUUGGAUAGGUACUGGGCCAUCACGGACGCGGUGGAGUACUCCAAAAAGCGCACGCCGGGACGUGCAGCCGGGAUGGUGGCCACGGCCUGGGUCAUCGCCAUCUCCAUCUCCCUGCCUCCUCUCUUCUGGAGGCAGGUGAAGGCGGAGGAGCUGACCAGCUGCAGCGUCAACACGGAUCAUAUUUUCUACACCAUCUACUCUACCUUUGGGGCUUUUUACAUCCCCACCUUGCUGCUCAUUGUCCUCUACGGACGGAUUUACGUCGAGGCUCGGAAACGGAUCCUGAAGCAGUCCCCCAAGAAGGUGGGGAAGAGACUCACCUCUGCGCACCUGGUCACCAACUCCCCCGGUUCCGUGGCGUCCACGACCUCUCUGCAGUGCGGGAGACACGACACUCCGUCCAGCGACACCGCGUCUUCAACAAGCGAGAACCAGGUGAAAGUGACGGUGUCGGACGCGCUUUUAGAGAAAAAGCGGAUUUCAGCAGCCAGAGAGAGAAAAGCAACAAAGACUUUGGGGAUAAUCCUCGGCGCUUACAUCGUUUGCUGGCUGCCGUUUUUCAUUUACACACUGGUGGUGGCCAUAUGUGACACAUGUUUUAACCCUGAGUUAUUUGACUUUUUCACCUGGCUGGGAUACCUGAACUCCCUCAUCAAUCCGAUUAUAUACACCAUGUCAAACGAGGACUUCAAGAAAGCUUUCCAUAAACUUGUGCGCUUCAGAUGCUGCGGGUCAUGAUCAACUGUUCCUCCAAUUUCCAAUCAGAUUGAUUUAUUUUUGGAUAUAAAGCUCUAAACAUACAUGUCUGAGAAUAUCGACUACUAAGAAUGCUAUAAAUAACAUUUUGAGACUCAUAAUGAGCCAUUCUAUACAAUAAGUUGUGCAUGCAGUGAAACAACCAUACAUUUUCAGUCAUGCUUUUUCCCCACAGUGGAGAUUUUAAAACAAAAAAAAAGUUAAAGAGUUAAAUAAUUACAGUUCACAUAAUUUUCAUUGAAUAAAACCAAUUUCCAAGACCUAAAAUUAAGAAUUUUAAAGCAAUGGAAAACAAUAUUGAAGAUGAAGCUUGCUUACUUGUGAGAACAGUCAUUUUUGCAGAGUGAUGGGUGGAAAUGACCCACCCAUCACUCUUUCACUUUAUGGUGAAAUCACAGAACCACUUGAACAUGUCAUAUAAGCUCCUUUUAACCAGCGUAUGUGCUAUGUUGUGCCAGAGAACAUUCAGUACUCGGUUGUUAUUAUUCUCUAUGGAUUCCUAUUUGGAUGGUACAGUAUAUUAUGCCACGACUGACGGAUUAAUGUAAGUAAGCAGAAAAUAUAUAUAUAAAAAAUGGCUAAAUGACCCAGGAUCCAUUUUUCGUUCUGUGUACAAAUAAUGUAGUUUUAUUUUCAAAACUCAUAGAUCUACAAAAUGUCUAUGUAUUCUGAGAAAUAAUAACAUGUAUUUUGAUUAUGGUGAUAGACUGCUUGCUGCUGCCCUGUAUGGUUAUCUUAUUUAUUUAGAAAAGGCACACUCAUGCAGCCGAAAAAAAAAAGCAGUCAGAAGUCUGCUUGUUGUACCAGGCACUGAGAAAAGAUUCGUACAAUAUCAGCGUCAAACAAAGAAACUGUAGCUGAUAUUUACCCAGCAGAGCUGAACACUGAUGAUAAGUUCAAUUUUACUGAACAAACAUCCCCCUGUUUUACUGUGCGUGUGGGUCUGUUUGCUGCUACAUUAAAUCUCUAUCUACAGUAUGUUAUGUUCAUGUGUGAAAUGGUUUGCCACCUCAUGUCUAUAGAGACUAAUUUGCUGCUUUGAGUGAUCGAGUCUGGCCUUCAGAGGCACAGAAUUAAUUCUGAUUAUUUGCCAGCAUUAUGUGAAAUAAAGGUAUGUUGUUCUAGGAAUGUAUCUGUUCGCAUUCAGAGACGCUGUGCAAUAAAGGCUUUCAAGUA